UUUUAGGCAUAGUCAUUUCGGACCUCCAUAGUAUUUCUUGGUAAGAAGAUGUUGCAAGAUAGCCCGAUAUAUAGCCCUACAGAUUCAAGCCAUAGUGCUGUGGACUCUCACUUGUCCCAGGAAAUCAGCACCACUGUCUCUGAAUAUCUGGAUGAGUCAAACAAUGAGAGCACAGCAAGAGAUAGUGAAGGAGAAGAAAAGAAAAUGAGGGAAAAGGCACUGCCUAUGGACUGUGCUCCAGCACCAAAUGAGAAAUUAGAACAAGCACAGAAGAUGGCAGAAAAGUUCAUUAAAGAAAAAGAGAUAUAUAAAGCCAAAAGGGAACUUAUUAGAUGUGUGGCUCUUACUAGAAUUAUCUAUGGAGACUGUCACUGGCAACUGGCACAAGCAUUCGCCAACCUGGCUCACAGCUAUUUAAUACUUCAAGGUCUUCCUGCACAGGCCAUAGAGCAUGCUGAAUCAGCCAAACGUAUCAUGCUGACAGGGAUUCGUACUCCUUCAGAGGACAAAAGAGAAAUAUUAGGAACUCUUGUGACUAUCUACUAUACCUUGGGCGUAGCACAUCUGGCACAAAACAAUGGCAAAGAAUCCUAUCUCAGUCUGCGGAAGGCAGAGAGACUCAUGGAAGAACUUCAAGAACUGGAUGGGAGAGUGAUCAUGGGAUUAAAAAUAUCUGAGAAAGAUUUAGUCAUUGCAUUGGGCAGGAUGUGUUUGCAGCAAAACAAGUUUGACUUUGCCGCGGGUUAUUUUGAAAAAGCUAUUGAUGUAGUAAUUUUAACUGAAGGUGAUACGGCUCCAGAACUGAUAAAUCUUUAUCAGAAAAUUGCCCAGAGUGAGCAACUGAAGAAAAACCAUGGAAGAGCCAUAGCGUAUUUAUUACAGGCCCAUUCCAUUUGCGUGGCUCUGUACAAGCAACUUAGUGUUGAAGCUGCUCAGACGGGCUUGUUGCUGGGCAAAGCUUAUGCUGCAACUGGAGACCAGCAGCAUGUUGGGGCGGCUGAAAUGUAUUUUACAGAGAGUCUGGUUGCGUAUCAGGCAGCACUGGGUGCAAAGGAUUCCCUGACACUUACUGCCAUUGAGGAAUUCAGUAAAUGGCUUGUACAUGUAGGGAAAAACCAGCAGGCCUACAGGCUGUUGAAAGAUUCGUUGAAGUCCAUCAUAGACACCUAUGGUGAUUUUAGUGAGAAGGCAGCUGAAACUUACCAUAUCAUGGGCAGUAUCUGCCUGGCAGAGGGAAAGAUGAGAGAGGCUUACCAGCUGUUCAAUAAGUGUUUGCAGAUUCAAAUAGCUGUUUAUGGGCCUCGCAACAGGAAACCGAAAGAGAUGCAAGAGCUCCUGAACGCAUUAGAGAGGUCUCCAACUGUCCAUGAAGGGAACAGACUUGUGAAGUAGAAAAGACAGAUGGUGCUAAAUCAUACUGUUGGCAAAAAUCUUGGAUCCUUAGCAAUUGUGACAGCAGAUGAAACCAGAAACUAAGCUGGAGGAUUAAUUGGAGAACUCAAGUACACUGUAUUUCUUAUAAUCAAUUCAACAGAAAGUUCUGUAAAUGUUUGCUUUAGUUUAGGAAAAAGCAUCAACCUUCCAGGUAAACUUCCCCCUCCUAGUCUCCUUUCAUUUUCUUUCUUACUGUAUUUUGAAGGUCUGGGUCUAACGGUAGCACAUCAGAUGUUUUACUGAGUAUUAAAAAAAUGGGCAUAAGUUACAAAAGUUGUGAAUGCAGGACUCCCUUUGGAAAAGAUAUCAGAAUACACGGUGACACAUUUAAAACUAUUUCUUUUGAAGACAUUCUAAUCGUACUUUGGUGAAUGAACGCAGAAUAUACCCAAUGGAGAAACACAGACUGGAUUAUUUUUCCCCCUGGCUAUUGGUACACUGGCCUUUUUAUAAUCUAACACACACAAAAAAGUAAAUUUAGUUUGUUAAAUUUAGUCUACUUUUAGCACUUCAGCUAAGAAAGCUGAAUGCCUCCUUUUAAUGUGAAAUUCCUCUUUAAUGCUUUGCCUUCACUACAAAAUCUUCAUCUUAGAACACAGAUAUGAAGGGUUGAGUUUGCUAGUACAGUGCUGACCACAACUAUGCAUUCAAUGUUAGACAGUGUUAUAAUCAUGAUUUAGAAGCCUAAGCCACUUUGAAAAUGGGUCUUAAGCACUUUUGAAAAUGUGAUCCAAAGAUAAGUCACAUUUUAUCAUUGUGGAACUUAAUCAUUAAACCCAGGAUUCAACUUGAGGCAUGGGUGCAUGUCUGAGCCAAGAAGAAUUGGGGCCAACAUGCACUACAUUCCAGUGAUCUUAUUAGCAUAAUAGCCACUAGCCAGUUGUUACAAAGACCAUAACCCCCAUCCCUCCCCCGGAGGGUUUCCCCAUGUUUGUGGACUCCUCCACUAUUAAUUUAGAAGAGCUGAGGUCUGUGCUCCAUAAUGGCACAGAGACCUUAGCAUAGGCCAGGCCCCCAAGAUGCAAAGAGAACACUACAUAAUGCAAACAGUUCUGAAUGUUAAUAGAACUGUUUAAUUACAAAUGAUUGUUUACUCAUUACUGGCUGCUAGUACUGUACAGAUUGUUUUAAUUUCUUUAGGUCUUCUUUCCAAGAUCACUGUUGGUAGCAGACAGACUGUUAUACAUUUACAAAUGAAAAUAGUAUGUUUAGUGGCCUUUAGGCUUGUAAUCUUAAGCCACAGCUAUGUCCUUGAACACAACACCAGGUAAUUCAAAUCAGAAAUAAGUUAAAUUUAGUAAGUCAUGCACUCUGUUUCAUUACAUUAGUCACAUGGGACUAGAUGCAAGUCAUUCUUAGCACCUAUUCAGCACUUCAUAUUCCAAGGCAUCAUACACAUAGUUACUGAAGUCUCCAGGUGAAUAUUAAUCUUUCUCCUUUGUUGAUGGGGAAACUAUUAGGAAAAGGGAAGUGAUUUCUAAUAUGGUCUUAAAUUAAAAUUCAUUUAUCUGAAUAUGUAAAUUAAACAUGAAAAUGACAAAGCAGUAACUAGAGGCCGAACACUGCUCCAAAAUCAUAUUUUUUUAUGAAAUUCCAGAGGGCUGCUUUUAAAAAAAACCCCACAGUCUCUGAUAGGAUGUAUCAAAACAGAAAUAUUAGAGCUGCAGGAAACUCCCAUUGUUCUGAAUGGAUAAGUAAUGUAUGCACUAGAUGAACAGUUGUCAUUAAUAGCCUUUAUGAGUUCUGUAACAGCCAGUUGAUGUCAGUCACGAUGUGAUCUUAUUACCAUUAACCUUAACCUCUUUCCCCACUUCUCCACUAUUCUUGUUUCACAUUAGAUUGUAAAUGCUGUGGGGCAGGGACCCUCUUUGUACAAUUGCUACAACAACAGGAGCCUGAUGUUGACUGCCACUUUUGGGUCUUGCUAGGGUAUAAAAAAUUAACUAUAUACACAGAACUUACCUGAACAGAGAUCUCCCACUGAUCUUUGAGUUUCUAGCUGCAACUCUGAUCUUUCUAUUUUGAUGUGACAUCGAGCUGGUAGCAUGCCUUCAUCCUGUUGCAUUAUUUGAGGUGGCUGUGUCUUCUCAGACACAGUAGAUUCUUCACACUGCAAAACAUCAGACUAUUUAUCACACAGACAGGGUUGAUAGUGUCUGGAACAGGUGAGCUACAUUUAUGACAGAUUACGUCUGAAGAGAACAAAUGCAACUUCUGACUGCAGUGCAGCCCAUUUACUGCUGGAAAUGUGUUUUAAUCCUGAAACUUGGGAUUCAUGGCUUGUAAAAUUGAACAGGGAAGUACUGGGGGUUCACUUGUCAAUAUUAACUCAUUCCUUCAGAAGGCAAGUACCAGCUUCCCUCAAAUGAGUGGCUGUUAAGCCUUUGUGCAAGAAACCAUCUCUUGCACUGGUGAUCUUACCAAUUUGUGCCCUGGCUCUGAUCCUCCCUUUUUGAAAAAGGUUGAAAAGAUGGAGAAGUAAUUUCAGUAAGUGUGCACAGG